CGUACUCUGAGGCGUGGCAAGAGGGCUUAUACUUCUGAUAGACUCAUUUGCACUACUGAAUGCACUCCCUCGUAUGUAUUGUUAGUUGCUCCUACUUUCUCACACCAAUUCCUUCCUUCCUGCCCUUACCCUGACUGGCAGAUUUCCUUUAAUUUCCAGGUGAUGCUAUCCGUCUACUUCAAAAUUUUCCGAGUUGCUUCUGAACGUGAAGCUCUGAUGAGACAAUCACUUGGUACUUGUCGUUUGAGUCAUAAACUCACCAAAACCGGGCAGAGUAAUCGCAACAACAUCAGAACGGCUAGCGCACCAAAUUCUCGAAUGAGGGUUCAAAUGAAUAACUCUGGUCGGGUAAACUACUCCGUACGACCAAUCGACUACAAUAAUAGGCGAGAUUCUGUGAAUCGUCAGGAAUCGCGAUCAACAGAGUGUGACGAGUCGCCCAACAACAGCGUUGAGGUAAGCAACAUACUAAAGGUAAUGAGCCAGUUGCACGGCAUUUCAAAUGGGUCCGGAAAGCAGUCUCGCAAUUCAAUGGAAAGGGAAUGCUUUUCGAUGGCCGAUUUGGCAAACGGUGGUCAAGUAUGUAGCCAAAAUUCUCGGCGCAUGCUCGCUUACAGCCGAAUAAUUUACUGGCGAAGUCUCUUCUUCAAGGCUAACGAGCACUACCACAUUCAUGGUCCCGGUAAAGCUGUCCGAGGCUCGAAGGAAAAGAUGGUCUAUUUGAGAGAGCGAAAAGCGCUCAAAACAAUCGGAAUAGUUGUUAUGGGUUUCAUUAUUUGUUGGAUGCCGUUCUUCGUCAUGUACCUGAUUGAAGUAUUUGCCACUUCUAUCAGCUCUUCCAGUGCCUUCAAGCUAAUUAGCGAAUUCUUCCUGUGGCUCGGCUAUUCCAAUUCAGUCUUGAAUCCGAUAAUCUACACGAUGUAUAAUGGUGAUUUUCGGCGUUGCUUCCGUGAUUUGCUUUCAUUCGGUUGUGUCCAGCAUCAUCGACGAACGAUGAGCGUCAAAAAACUUCAUCAGCAAAGUACUAUUUUCUGA